AUGUAUUCUCAUCACCUUUCUCAGCCUCAGCUGAACCCUCUAAAUUCUAUCCUCAGUGCUGUCUUUAGCCCAUAUUCUAUAGCCCCAGAAUCCCACUGUAAUCUCAUAUAUAUAAAUAAUGCCUUAUUUACAGUAACCACAAACAUUCGCACAAACAUUCUCAAAGACAUUAAACACGCUUUCACAGCUUUCGACACCAUGAGAUUCAACAUUUUGCCAAUGAUCGCUAUCGCGGCAACUUUACCAAGUGUUUCUUUAUCUGCCCCGACGACUGAUUCUAUUGGCAUCUUUCCCCGCGACAACACCGCUGCUAUAAUUGGUACCUGGGAUGACCAGAAAUGUGGCAUCUCGAAAGUAGAUGACAGCGUCGCUAUCCCUGAUGACCGCCCCACCGGUAAUUGCAAGGAGUUGCGUGGGAACAGUAUGCAGGUCUUCUGGGUCAAGAAGGGGUGCGUAGGUACGUAUAUUGACCCGCUCCCAAAGCGCCACAAAUGGACAAUUUAA